AGGUCCAGAUCGAGCUGAAGCCCGGGUCAGUUAUCAGACCGGCGAAGUACUCGCACCUGAACGCGACCACCGUGGAGGGCACCCAGAUCGUGGCCAAGGUGCGCCCGCUGCAGCUCAGCGCGCAGCAGGUGUACGCGAAGCUGGCCGGGCACAAGGGCCUGCAGGCCCACGUGGACACGGUCGUGGACGGGGUGGCCGGCCUCAGCGAGGCCUGCCUCAGCGAGGCCAGCGGCAAGUGCCGCGGCCAGGUGGCUGUGACCGACCUGCACGUGCCCUACUACUCCUGGGAGCCCAGCCCUUCGCCGGGCCAGCCAGUCGCCGCCCAGCCCGAGCCCGCGACCGUCGGGGUCCAGAAGAGCGGCACCCCGGCUGCGACAGGCGCUGCCCUGCCGCUCCUGGCGCUGGUGGGCGUAUUCCUCGCCGCGGCGUGACCGCCGCGCUUCUGGCCGCGCUUCGGCCGCGGGCGGGCCCCCCUGGCCGACUGGACGGUUCGGUGCUCGUCUCCAGCAUCCCCCAGGCGGGGUGUGCGCGCGCGGGCGCUCGCACCGUCGGCCCGCGUGCGCGCGAGUGCGCCCCGGCCCCAGAGGCUCCAGCGGC